GGACGUCCUACGUCAUGACGCACAGCUCAGCUGGACGUCGCUCCGCUCCGGAACAGACAGGCUCGGUUCUGCUCGGUUCAAACCGCCGUUUAACACUUUAAAACAACAUUUAACCGGCUGCUAACGGACCGAACCGACAGCUGGAGUGUUCACGAUUAGCGGGCCGAACCAGGAAACAGGAGAUACGUGUCUGUCGUCGCUGCCACGGACGGAGAGUUUCCUGCUCAGUGUGUGUUAUGUCCUGAGGGGGUGGAGCCAGAGGACAUACCUGUGGUUGGUUUCCUGUGUGGGAGGAGUCAGUCUCAGUCUGAGAGAUGUGAAGCUGACGGAUCAGUGGAGCUGUCACUCAAACCAGGACCACGCCCCCACCACCUCCAGCAGCCAAUCAGUGCACAGCGUGCAGGGCCGUCAUGCACCUGACGUCGUAUCCGAAGCUCGUCCGCUCAGAGUUGCGGUUGGACGUGGUCGGCGUUCAGACGUUUUCCCAGCAGGGGGCGCUGCUGAGGACCUGUGGCAGUAACCAUGGCAACAUGACCAGCCGUAUCCCGCUGAGCGUCAUCACUACCAACAUGCUACGCUGCAGCAACGCGAGCAGCAACAGUAGUGUUAGCGGCGGCGUGGCGGCGCUCCGGCUGAAGGUGCCACCCAGCGCCACCCUGCAGCUCGUGCCUCUUCCGACAGGUUACGAGAAUGACACGCUCAGACUUUACCAGACCGCCACGGAGGACGCUGACACGCCGCUGGACAUCUGGACCGUCAUCAAGCCCGGACACGUCCGCGAGAAGAUCGCCAUGUUCGCUUCAGAUGCAGGCCGGGCCGACGGCAGCAGGGACAGCGAGCACACCUCCGAUAGGACAGCGGCAAUGUGUUCGAACCACGGCGCCAUGUCAGGGCUGUUUCGGGCUGUGAAGGCGAAGGGCAGCUGGGAGGAAAACAGCAGUGCCAAACGACGCCGUCGGUCAGGAAGCCACCAGAACCUCCAGCAGGACCAGAGGACCCAGCAACACGCAAACAAACCGUCUCCACGGCACCUGGACUGGACUCAGCAGCCAGGCGACGGGCAGCGUGGAGGCGAGGAGGAGGAGCAGGAACAGAAGGUGUCAGUGGUAGAAAUGGUGGCGUUUCUGGAGCAGAGAGUCAAUGAGCAGCAGCUAGACUCCAAACCUCUGCUCGCCCUCCAGAGGAGCUCCACCACCAUCACGCUUUCCAGAGCCCCACCCCCGGAGGUCAAGGGGGAGGAGCCAGAGAGCAUCAAGGUGUCAGACAUGGUGGCGAGGCUGGAGUCGGAGUGCCUGCGGAGGAGGACAGAAGGAGAUCUGUCGAGGAGCAACAGCCUGAGGAGGACGGUGGGACGAGUCCUGCUCGCUGCCGGGGAACAAGGCUCCGCCCCCUGCCAGCCUGCAUCACAACAAUCCACCAUGUCAUCAGUGACAUCAUCAUCACUGCCAGGAGCAGCGGGCAGGGAGCCAAUCAGCUGCUCAGAGACACCUGCCCCAGCCCUGACCACGCCCCCUUCACCUGACCACUACCCACCUGAAGACAAGUGUCAAGAGGCCACGCCCCCUCCAGAGGAGGCGGAGCCUCUGCCUGGCCUGUUGUUUCUGUCUCCGCCUCCUGCUGCCUCAGAGACCUGCACUGACUCUGCCCCUCUCCCCAGGGAACUGCGCCCCCGUCCUGCUCGCUCUGACUCCGGCAGCCAAUCAGAGAAGAGGAGGAGAAGGAGAAAGGUUGACUGGGUUCAGGAGGAGGUCAGUGUGACUCCACCCCUCACCGUGGUGCCUCUGGGCCGCCGUGCGUCGGCGUCUCAGGACUUCCUGGAGCUGCGUCAGCGCCUGCAACAGCUGUUGGAGCCUCAGCCGUACCUGUCGGUGCUGCCACACCACCUGCUCCUGAAGAUCCUGCUCCUGCUGCCCACGCAGAGCCUCGCCGCGCUCAAGUGCACCUGCCGCUACUUCAAGUUCAUCAUCGACAACUAUGGCGUGCGGCCCGCCGACUCGCUGUGGGUGUCUGACCCCCGUUACCGUGACGACCCCUGCAAACAGUGCAAGAAGCGGUAUGGCCGUGGCGACGUGUCACUGUGCCGCUGGCACCACAAGCCGUACUGCCAGGCGCUGCCGUACGGGCCCGGGUACUGGAUGUGUUGCCACGGCGUCCACAGGGACGCGCCCGGCUGCAACGUGGGUCUCCAUGACAACCGCUGGGUGCCUGCGUUCCACAGCAUCAACGUGCCGAUUUACCGGAGGAGCCGCAAUGACGCCUGAGAGAGAGAGUGUGUGUGUGUGUGUGUGUGUGAGUGAGCAGGUGAGGUUUUCCUCCUUCUCUUGCUGGUUUUAUUUUAAAGGGUAAUCUUCACCUGAGUUGCUUCCUGUUGUCCCUGCUGCUCAGACAUCUCCACAGCCGCCACCAGACAACCAAUCAGCAUCGUUCAUCUCAUCAGCAGCUUGUUAAUGGCGAUCAGCUGAGGGAGGAAGUGUCCCGGCCAGGACUCUCUAACCUCAUGUCCAUACGAUACAUAUACGUUACUUACAUGUUAUAUAUUUAAUGCUCGCUGAUCACAUGACGGAGAAGAACCUCCUGUGAGUAUCUGAACAGCUGAUUGAUCAGCUCUGACAUCAUCGUUGUUUUUUAAUUGGAUGACGAGCUAUGAGGAGGUGGAGCUUCAGAGGGCCCAAUGAGUUAACGCUGCACCUUGUUUGUUUACAUUUGUACAUAGUCUGAUCAGCUGAGAUAAUCACCUUUAACUCUGUCAAAGGGAAUGGGACGUGGCCUUCAGUCGAGUCGAUGCAAUAAAGAAAAAGAUUGAUUUGUUUUUUAAGUUUCUGCGGCUGAAAAAACGUUUGUGGCUUUAAUAAAGAAAAAAAAAGUGCUUUCUGAUUGGUUCAAACGCCGAA